AUGCUGCUCACCAAGCCCUGUCCCUCCCCACCCCCACAGGUCGUCACCCCGCCCACGGCGUCCGCACCCCGACUGCCAUUCUUGCUAAACAUCACGCAGAUGCAGGACCCGCCUCGUGGGCUGUGCACCCACAAAGUGAUCCUGAGUGCUGGCCACCCCGACUGCACAGGGCUCACACCCGCUCAGCGGAGCGGAGGCGCCGGCCUAGGACGGGGCUGCGCCCCGACAAACCCGUCCGCGGGGGACACACCCCAAGUGAAACACGCAUCUCACGCACGGAACGUCAGCGCUCACCCGGCCCACCAGAGACCAGCCCUGGAACAACACCCUCCGAGGCGCAGGGCGGCCGGGGCUCCGCAGCUGUCCGGCCUCAGACAGCAGGCCGCCACCCCCGGCGAGACCAAAACUGGAGUGCGCUUGCGCAUCGCUUUGACUCCGCCAGAAGGUCGGAAGGCGUGCGUUGCACGUCCCGACGUCCUGACGUCCAGAGGGGCGCACCUGACGUCCAGACGGGCGCACGUAACCCUGCUACGGCCACGCCUACCUCCCCCAGCACCCGCCCCGCGCGCGAUGCCCGCGAUCCCCACGAUGCCCAGGUGGCCGCAGCCCGCGCCCCGCCGCUCCCCACAGCUAAUCUGUCCGUGGCCACCUCCGCGCGGCCCCCCGUCCUGUCCGAACGGCGCCCCGGAGCCGAGCGGGACCGACCUCCCGGAAGCGUGGGGGCCCAAACCCUCCCCGCAGAGCCAAGAUGGAUUGGGACUUCUCCGGUGCGCCCGCCGAUACUCACUGGACGGCCGGCGCGCACAGCAGACCCGACAGCCCGAGCGGCCUCGCGCCGGGAACCCGGAACGCUUGCCAACCGGGGGACAACUAGGGGACAUUCUACAGUGGCCUCUGAAGUGA